UUGCUUCUUCUCUAUGAGGCUCCACAAAAAGAUAAAAGCUAUCUAUAUUUUUCUUAAAGUCAUUGGAUUUGCUGAGUCCUUCCAAUAAAUUCUUAAUGUGCUUGUAUUGGGUUUUUUCCUCUAGACUAGAAGAGUACUUGCAAUAGUCAAUUAUGAUAUUUUUAAUAGUACUUCCAUCCAAUGCAUGACCAAAAUCAGGAACUUCUUCGCAUGACAUAGUGCAAACAAUAAACUCGAUACGCUCAAUGUGUCUGUUUGCGGAGAGAAGGGUCAUCAGUGCCCGUUUGUUUAUGUGCAUGCAGUCUAUUUUCAGCCAAUUCUUUACUCUAUGACAGAUACUAAAGACUUGUUUAGGAUAAGUUUCUACUGUAACAGUAUGAUCAUAAGCACCUCAUAAAUCUAACUGAGAAGCUUCUCUUGGAAAUUGGCCUUCUAUAAACCUUCUUCACGCAUCUAUAUUUUUAGGAUGCAUUCUUCUUAGACUUAUCUUAUCUACCUUAUGCAAAGGUAGAGGUCCCAGUCUCUUAAGCAGUCUCAAGUCUUCCUUCUGGUCCAGGUCGAUAUUGAAGUAUAGUCAGUUAGUCUCGUAAGCCAUGGGUCAUGAUUAUCUUCAAGCAAAUCAGUGAAUAGUCUAUCAUCCAGAGACUUUCAUUCUUCUAAAAGUUCCUUCUCGUGAAGCCUAGUCAGAGCUCUUAACUUCUUAUGCUUCUUCUUAGUAACAGGAUUCCAAGCGUAACGUAAAAUUUUAUUGGAGGAUAGGUCAGAAGUGAUGGAUUUGUAGAGGUGGUAUAGUUCAGUUGUUUCUUUGUGGAGAGAUUUUUGGAUAUAGGUUUCUGCUAUAUGGGUGGGGUAGUUGAGGUAGAGUGUUCUUCCUUGGAUUGUUGAGUUUUAGAUUCUUUUUGAAAUCUAAUCUUCCUUAGAAUCAUAAAAAGUUCUUUGGUUCUUCUCUCAUAAUACUCUUGUGUAUACUAUUUUGGGUUAGCCAAGAUAGCUUUUCUUUGUAAUUCAUCUCUUAUACCCUGAACCUCACGCAUCAACACCCACAAAUCUCCCCCCUCCUCUCCUGCCCAACUAUCAACACUCCCUCUAGUCCUCUCUUCUCCUUCCUGCUUCUCUCUCCGUCCAGC